AUGGACUUCAGCAACGUGCCGUCGACCUUCCCUGCUACUGCCCAGCAUGUGGUGGAUAGCAACGCCAUGGACGUUGACGCUCCAGCUGGACCUUCCAACACCACUGCGUUCGAAGGCAACGCCGAUGCCAGCGCGUCGCAGGUUAACGGUGUGGACAGUUCGUUACAACGCGUGCACCUGUCGCAGCCGAUGCCGCCAUAUCCGACCAUGGCUAACCCGAACCUCACUUUCUUCUACGAGGAUGCAGACAAUGACAGCGACAGCGUCGUCGAGAAAGGCCGCAUGGUGCGCACAGGCUAUGUCUUCGAUCCCCUCAUGAUGCUCCAUUGCGCCGAUGGGUACACGCCGACUGAGGACAUCCAUGACUCGGGGGAAGGUCACCCGGAGGAGCCGAUGCGCAUCAAGCGCAUCUUCAAUCGCCUCAAGGAGCAAGGGCUCAUCCGGCGGAUGAAGCGUUUAGAUUUCGCCGAGGCGCAGAAAGAGCAGGUCCGCCUCGUCCAUACCGAUGACCACUGGCAUAAGGUGCAGGGGACAGAAACUUUCACGGACGAGUAUAUCCAGGAGACGAAGAACUAUUACGACCAUCUGUCGCUGUACGUGUGCCGGGAAACUGGGCACUGCGCUCGUCUCUCGUGUGGUGGAGUCAUCCAGGCGUGUCGCUCGGUGUGCGAGGGCGAAGUCCGGAACGCAUUCGCGAUCGUGCGACCACCCGGUCACCACGCCGAGCCAGACGAGCACAUGGGCUUCUGCUUCUUCAACAACGUUGCCGUCGCGGCACGUGAGGUGCAGCGCCAGGGGUUGGCGAAGAAGGUGCUCAUCCUCGAUUGGGACGUACACCACGGCAACGGGACGCAACGCGCAUUCUGGGACGACCCGAAUGUGCUGUACAUCUCGAUCCACCGGCACGACGGCGGCAAAUUCUACCCGUCGAGCGACUUUGGUGCACUCGACAUGGUCGGCGAGGGGGAAGGAGAAGGCACGUCGGUCAACAUCCCGUGGCCUGGGCCAGGUUUUGGCGACGGCGACUACAUCUACGCGUUCCAGAAGAUCGUGAUGCCCAUCGCGUACGAGUUCGCACCCGACCUUGUAAUCAUUUCAGCUGGGUUCGACGCUGCAGACGGGGAUCAGCUCGGCUGUUGCAACGUCACCCCUGCUGGGUACGGCCACAUGACGCACAUGCUGUGCGCUCUCGCAGGAGGGAAGGUCGUCGUCGCACUGGAGGGAGGUUACAAUCUUCGUGCCAUCUCCGAUUCGUCCUUAGCGGUCGCCCAAGUUCUUCUUGGUGAGACGCCCGCCGAGAUCGGGCAAGUCCAGGCUUCCGAAUUGGCGACCGAGGUCAUACACGAGGUCGCAAAGGUCCAGUCGAAGUACUGGAAGAACGUCAACGCAGCGGCGUGCGCACCUCCUGAGAUCGGCAAGGGCGGUGGCGAAUACGUCACAACAGUGCCCGACCUUCUCAAGCAGCACCGUCUGCAGCACAUGUACACCAAGCACAAGCUCUUCACCGUGCCUCUCGCAAACACCGACCUGCAUGAGUGGUUCCAGAACCAGGUCCUCGUCAACGAGGGGCUGUACGAAUCCGAGACCGAAACCCUCGUCAUCUUCGCGCACGACUUUGGGAACCUGCGUGUUGAGACAGAUGGCGUGGCGUCGGUCGAUGUCAGCCUUGCCAACAGCUAUCUGCUCGACACGUCUGACGCCGUGGUCGACUGGGUCAGAGGCCGGGGUUGGAACCUCAUCGACAUCAAUGUGCUGCGCAACCUGCGCAGUCAAUUUGCGAAGGGUCCACGCAUGGUGUCAAACAGCGGUGACAAGAUGGACGGCCAGCUCAUGCGCUACCUGUGGGACAACUACGUCGAAUUGUCAUCAGCCAAGAACGUUGUGCUCAUCGGACAUGGGACAGCUUGUGGAGCGGUCAUGGAGCUCGUCAACCACAGGGACGUACAGUCAAAGGUCAAGGCGAUCGUGCAGGUGGCGGGUAUGCACUCGAUUGUGCGACCAGACCCGACGAACGAGAACCGUCGCACGUGGUUCAGGGACGUCUGCCAAAUAUACCUGCCGCACAUUCACCCGUUGCUUGGAGAGGAGCGCCUGUAUAGACGUAUAGGGGGACAGCUGCGAACGGCCCGCAAGGCCAAGGUUGUUGACGUGCUCGUGGAGGCGCUGCCUGAGAUCAAGGAGUUUGUUGAUAGCAAGCUGGACCCAGUGCAGACCAACGGGCACGCAAUAGUCGACGUUGUGUAG